AAGUUAGAAAAUGAAAGAUUGAGCAGCUUAGUUUGCAGGGAAGUAAGUAUUCUCGAGGACCUAAGCACAAUACCCGUAAGUACAAAAGACAUUCGCAAGCUGACAAUUUGGAACACGCAAACAAAGCUGAGCAUUGAAGCAGUCAACAAUUCACUGAACCUAUCGAAUUUGUUGGUUCUCGAUCUGUCGCAUGUGGCACGCCUUGAACUUCUCGAUGGAGGCUUCUCCAAUGUCCCCCAACUAAUGGAGAUCAACAUCAGUGGCUGUGGCUUGGAUCAGCUGCUGGACUCGCACUUUGCCAACGAUUCGGUGCUCAAUGCGAUCGACGCACGUUAUAAUAAAUUCACAUCUCUGACAAAGGAUUUGUUUAACAAAUUCCCCCAUUUGGUUUUUGCUUAUUUCGAUCAUAAUGCUCUGUGUCAUCUGGAGUUGCCGCACAUGCAAGUUCUGAGAGAGCUUUACCUUGGACAUAAUAAAUUAACCGAUUUCAACUUUAAUGAUUGUCCACGCUUGGAGAAAUUCUACCUCAACGACAAUCAACUAACACAGCUGGAUUCCACUUCUUUCCAACAGUUAACCGAAUUAUUGGAGCUACAGCUGAGUGGAAAUUUGAUUACUGAGAUUGGCGCGGAUACCUUCCAGUCACUGAUAAAACUGCGCACUCUCUCGAGGAAUGCAUUGACUUCACUUCCGGCAGAUGUCUUUUGCUCAUCAACUGAGCAGCAAUUCGCACUGGAACAAUUGGAUCUCUCUCACAAUAACAUUAAUGUGCUCUUCGAAAACCAAUUCGAAUUUUUGGGUGGACUCCACAUGCUGAAUUUAUCUUGAAAUCAAAUUGCCGUUUUGAAGAGUGCUCACUUUGCAGGUCUUACUUCGUUACGCCAUUUGCAUUUGCAGUCAAACGAUAAAAUGGAGCUAAGAAGACACACCUUUGCAGCACUCAAGCAACUGGAGACGCUCGACUUGUCCCACAUUGGUCUCGAUAUUCUCGGUCCACAUCUCUUCGGCUACAAACAGGUGGACACGGAAGAUGCCUCUGGCUACAUGCCAAUGGCGCACAUGCGUAUACUUAAUCUAAACGGCAACAAACUCCAGCAUCUGCACGCCAGGAGUUUUGCGAGAUUGCCCUUUUUGGAAGAACUCUCGCUGGCCAACAAUGCACUGCGUUUACUUCCCAUAAGUCUGUUUGCUUCAAUGCAACGACUGCAGAAGCUUAAUUUGAGUCGCAAUCAAUUGGCAGAGAUAAGCAGCGAUAUUCUGAAGACUCUGAACAACAUCACCGAUCUGCAUAUUGACUACAAUCAGCUUACAUUUCUACCUAAUCUAAAUGGGACGCUGCCUCAUUUGCAGAGUAUGACCAUAGAAGGUAAUCCCUGGCAAUGUGCUUGCCUGAUGGAAUUUAAAGAUUGGUUGAGGUCAAGCCAGGUGACAUCGCUGCAGGAUGGCAGUGAUGAAAAGUCAUUGUGUGUCGAGACAGCUUUGGAUUACUGUGAUCACAACGUGACGGAUGAUCGACGUAACGAUGCUAUGGAAGAGCUGAAGUUUUGGCAAGCAAUCGGAUGAGUUAUCCUUAUGACAAAAGUAUGCAAUUAAAUUGUUUUCUUCCAAGACAGAUUAUAUGUUUUGUUUGUAUUUAGUUAAACAUUUUAUGUGGUUGUUUAUCCCAAUGUGUGUGUUGUUGCUGUUGUUGCUGCGUCUCGCAAUUUUGUUUAAUUUACAAAUUAACAACUAAAACUCGAGUCGUAUUUUAAGCGCUCUUGACACGCAAAGCCAAAGCGCUCAAAUCGCCAAUGCACUUGUUGAGCGUCUCCUUCUCCUGCUGGGGCGAGAUGCUGGACAGCACGUUGGCCACAAUCCAGUUGACCAUGUGCUUCUGGCCGAGACGGCGCUCAACGUGGCGGCAUUCCA